AUGCAGCGGGCCACCAACGUUACUUACCAAGCUCACCAUGUCAGCAGGAACAAGAGAGGUCAAGUUCUCGGUACAAGAAGUGGCUUUCGUGGAUGCACUGUCUGGCUAACUGGCCUGUCUGGUGCUGGAAAGACGACAGUAAGCAUGGCUCUGGAGGAAUAUUUAGUGUGCCAUGGUAUCCCAUGCUAUACUUUAGAUGGAGACAACAUUCGUCAUGGGCUCAGUAAAAAUCUUGGCUUCUCUCAAGAAGACAGAGAAGAAAAUAUCCGUCGUAUUGCUGAAGUUGCUAAGCUUUUUGCCGAUGCUGGCCUUGUGUGCAUUACCAGUUUCAUAUCUCCUUAUGCUAAGGAUCGCAACAAUGCGCGGCAAAUUCACGAGGCAGCUAGCCUUCCAUUUUACGAAGUGUUUGUGGAUGCUCCUUUGUAUGUUUGUGAGCAGCGAGAUGUCAAAGGCCUUUAUAAAAUGGCAAGAGCCGGGGAAAUCAAAGGUUUCACUGGAAUUGAUUCUGAUUAUGAGAAGCCUGAGGCCCCAGAGCUGGUACUGAAAACUGAUUCAUGUGAUGUAAAUGACUGUGUUCAGCAAGUCGUCGAACUUUUACAAGAAAUGGAUAUUGUGCCCGUUGAUGCAUCUUAUGAAGUCAAGGAGUUGUAUGUACCAGAGAACAAACUACAGCUGGCAAAAACCGAUGCUGAAUCAUUGCCGACAUUGGAAAUAAAUAAGGUGGACAUGCAGUGGGUGCAAGUUUUUGCAGAAGGCUGGGCAACACCACUUAAUGGCUUUAUGAGAGAGCGAGAGUACUUGCAGUGCCUUCAUUUUGACUGCUUAUUGGAUGGGGGUGUCAUUAAUUUGUCUGUACCAAUUGUGCUGACUGCUACCAAUGAGGACAAGCAAAGGCUUGAUGGCUGCACAGCAUUCGCCUUGGUAUACGAAGGCAGAAGAGUGGCUAUAUUACGGCAUCCUGAGUUCUAUGAGCAUAGAAAAGAGGAACGUUGUGCUAGACAGUGGGGGACAACAUGUAAGGAGCACCCAUACAUUAAGAUGGUGAUGGAGAGUGGAGAAUGGCUGGUGGGGGGAGACCUUCAGGUCCUUGACCGCAUUUAUUGGGGUGAUGGAUUAGAUCAGUACAGACUGACACCAGCUGAGCUCAAGCAAAAAUUUAAAGACUGA